AUGGACGAAGCAGAUAUAGAGGAUGGCGAAGUUUUAGAACAAGAAGAGUCUGUACAAACUCCCAGCCCACCUAUAACAGUUCUUCAGAAUAAACAAGAAAAUAAGAAGCCUGAUGUUCAACGAAUGAAGCGCCCAAGACCAGAUGAAUCAAAAAUUAAAAAGGUAAAGUGCAAAUAUUGGGCUGGAGGAACUUGCCAUAAAGGCCAAGACUGCACUUUUCUUCAUGAAGGAGCUCAAUUGAUGAAAGACGAGCUCUGCAAGUAUUUUGUGACAGAUACAUGCAUAAAAGGCGAUGAAUGUGUGUAUUCUCAUGAUACCAAAAAAUUCCCUUGUAAGUACACCAUUUCGGCUUAGUUUAGCAUUUUUAAAUUUUUUUUUUUAAAUUUUCAUAGCUAAAUAUAAUAUCAAAUAUUUUCAUGGUGUCGGGUCAUGCCACUUAGGAGAUACUUGUAGAUUUUCUCAUAUAAGGCUUACACCUGAAAUGAUUCCUAAAUUCAUCAAAGAUAAUGAAGCCUUUUUGCAGCAAGUCCAACAAGCAAGAGGAUAUACCAAUUUAGGAGAGUAUUAUAAUCAAUAUGCAAGAGAAAAAGCAAAUCUUCAGCCGUUAUUGCCGCUUCCUGGGAAUAUAUUAGGAAUUCCGCAGUUUCCACCUCCAAUUGCACCUGUUUGGAUACCUCCAAAGCCUCCUAGUCCAGAUCUCUCAUCAAGGUUGCAUGCUAGUGGAAUUAUCAAGAGUAGGAAUAUAACGAUCCCGAAAGGCGAUUUAUCUAAAUUGAGGAAACCACCGAAUUCCCAUGUUUACAAGAAGCCUAAAUUUAGCUAA